AUGGAAGUACGUUUGCAACCGGGAGAGGAUGAACUAAUCUCUGGGAAACAAUUGUCAUCGGAAAAACAAAACAAAAAUCAGAAAUAUGUUAUGGGAAUGAUAAUACUUCUUGCAAUAAUUUUAUUUGAUACAGAAUUAUUGGAGAAAUACGAACAAACGGAGGACAUCGAUGGAUUGAAUAACACGAAGAGAACCGACAGAUUGGUACUUUUCUUCAAUCGCGUACCAAAAGUUGGUUCUCAAACAUUUAUGGAACUUUUAAGAAGGCUUUCCAUGAGGAAUGGGUUUUCCUUCAACAGAGAUCGAGUUCAAAGAGUUGAAACGAUACGUCUCGCCCCAAUUGAGCAGCUUCAACUAGCCAGAAUGGUCAGCAGUUAUUCGGAACCAUCGGUUUACGUUAAACACGUGUGUUUCACGAAUUUCACCAAGUUCAAUUUACCGGAACCAAUUUACAUAAACGUUGUUCGUGAUCCAGUUGAAAGGGUUAUAUCUUGGUAUUAUUACGUCAGAGCACCCUGGUAUUACGUGGAAAGGAAACAAAUAUUCCCUGAUCUACCCUUACCCGAUCCGAAUUGGUUAAAGAAAGACUUUGAGACGUGCGUGUUGAAGGGUGACAGAGAGUGUCGUUAUUUGGAAGGAGAAAUACACGAGGGUAUUGGUGAUCAUCGUAGACAAACCCUUUUCUUUUGUGGACACAGUGAAAAGUGCACUCCUUUCAACACGGUGGGAGCCUUAGAACGUGCCAAAUUAGCUGUCGAGAAACAUUAUGCGGUUGUUGGUGUCCUUGAGGAUGUGAAUACUACACUAACCGUUCUGGAAAAUUACAUACCUCGAUUUUUCCGAGGUGCAACCGAAGUUUAUCACGAUCAAACACACGCGUUCACCAGUAUCAAUCGGAAUUUCUUCAAGCCACCCGUUAGCGAGGAGGUUAAGGAUAUAGUUCGUCAAAAUUUUACUCGCGAGGUUGAAUUUUAUCAAUUUUGCAAACAACGAUUGUACAGACAAUUGCGUGCAUUAAAAUUUACCAAUCAGGAUAUAACUAUGAAUAAUCGUUUAUAAAAAAAACAACAACAACAAAAAAAUCAACUAAAAAAGAAUUAAUACUCCAUUUUCAUUGCCCUUGAAGGGAUAUAAUGUAAGAAAAAAAACAAACAAAAAAAACCAAUCUUCCAACUGCCACCAAUUGCUGGAUCCGAAAAAUUUGAUUACGAUUUUGUGAUCGUUGCUAGUUUCUUUUUGUUUUUUUGUUAUAAAAAUAUUGCAUUAG